AUGUUUUCCUUCACUCCCGUUUCGGUCCUGGCCUUGGCCGCCGUGUCGACUGCUCUUCCGACACAGGCUGUGGACGAAUUUGCCGUUGCAGACCGAUAUGUCUUUUACCGAGGCAGCGGUGCCAACUGGCCAUCUCAGAAGUCCUGGGGCAGCUUUGACUCCCUAUGGAAUGCCAACGUGCCCCUGAUGCAAAAGUCGUGCGGAUGGAAUGGCUGGGGUGCCGACAAUUCUGGCGCCGAGAUAAAUGACAUUAAGAAUGCCAUUCAUCAGGUCUCCGGGUCUACAGGCGUUGAUAAACGCUUCAUCCUCGCCAUCAUGAUGCAAGAAAGCAAGGGCUGCGUGCGAGUUCCUACUACCAAUAACGGCGUUCGUAACCCGGGUCUUAUGCAAUCUCACAAUGGCUCAGGCAGCUGUGCUGGUGUCAACCCAUGUCCUAGCGGCACCAUUGGACAGAUGAUUCGCGAUGGUGUUGCCGGUACUUACUCUGGAGACGGCUUGAAGCAGACUCUGGGCAAGGCCAAGGGUGCCGUUGGAGACAAUGCCCGCGCGUACUAUGCCGCCGCACGAAUGUACAACUCUGGUUCCGUCGACUACAACAACCUCGAUAAUGGUCUGGGAAGCACUCCGUGCUAUGCAACCGAUGUUGCUAACCGCCUGACCGGCUGGACUCUCGCUGCUAGCCAAUGCCGCGCAUAA